CGUAUGACUGCGGCUGCGCGGGGCAUUCGAAUCGGCCUCGGAGUUGGAGACUAGUGGCGGCGGCUGAGUUCCGUGUUUCGCCGCCGUGCGCUUCCUCUCGUCAUGGACAGCCUAGAAAAUGCCUUUCGCAUGUUUGAAGCACAUAUGCAAAGCUACCAGGGUAAUGACCCGCUUGGAGAAUGGGAAAGCUUUAUGAAGUGGGUAGAAGAGAAUUUUCCUGACAAUAAAGAAUACUUGAUGACAUUAUUGCAAAAUUUAAUAAAGGAAUUUUUAGAUAAGAAGAGGUACCAUGAUGACUCAAGAUUCAUCCAUUAUUGCUUAAACUUUGCUGAGUACAACAGUGAUCUUCAUCAGUUUUUUGAGUUUCUGUACAACCAGGGAAUUGGAACCAAGUCAUCUCCUCUCUAUAUAUCUUGGGCGGGGCAUUUGGAAGCCCAGGGAGAGUUGCAACAUGCCAGUGCUGUUUUUCGGAGAGGAAUUCAAAACCAGGCUGAACCUAAAGAACUACUACAACAACAAUACAGUCUAUUCCAGGCACGUAUUACUGGAACCCAUUUUCCAGCUCAAGCUGCAACCUCAGAAGCUAUGCAUAGUGCACAGAUUUUAAACCACGUUGUGACAACAAAGUCAAGUCCAGGACAAAACUCAGCCUAUGUUCCUAAGAGUCUGGGCUCAGAAUGUUCUGAUGUGAUACCUUCCGCUUGUGACAAAGGGUCUAAUAUUCAGGAACAAAGAGUGAUCAUGAUUUCCAAAUCAGAAUGCUCUGUGAGCUCAUCUGUGGCACCCAAAGCUAACUCUCAGCAGGUUGUUAUGUACUGCAAGGAAAAGCUUAUUCGUGGGGAUUCAGAAUUUUCCUUCGAAGAACUAAGAGCCCAGAAAUACAAUCAACGGAGGAAGCAUGAACAAUGGGUUAGUGAAGACAGACACUAUAUGAAAAGGAAAGAAGCAAAUGCUUUCGAAGAGCAACUCUUAAAACAGAAAAUGGAUGAACUUCACAAGAAAUUGCAUCAAGUGGUAGAGUUGUCUUACAAGAAGGACCUGCCUGCUUCCCAGAACAAGCCUGACGUUAUUCCAGUAUGCAUAGAACGGAAUACGUGCUCCCUGCAGGAACUGAGGGUUCCAAACCUUCCCUCCAUCAAUCAGCAGACCUCAGAGAACUCAGGAGAGAAACCACAGGAGCCACCUUCUGUUCCUCUUAUGGUAAAUGCUGUUACUGAAGCUUUGAUGAUCCCAACUGCCAGCCAGCCAUCUCUUCCUAUUCUUGUAAGUGGCCAGUCAGAGACAGAUUCUAGGUAUGUAAGUCAAAGUAUUCAUGAAUUCAUGCCACAGAGUGGACCAGAAACAAAAGAAGUGUAUGAAACAAAUAAGGUUGCCAGCAUUAAUUCUUUUCAUACAACUCCAAACACAUCAUUGGGAAUAGUCCAAGCAACACCAUCCAAAGUGCAGCCCUCACCAACUGUGCACACCAAGGAAGCAUUAGGUUUCAUCAUGAAUAUGUUUCAAGCUCCAACACUUCCUGACAUUUCGGAUGAUAACAAUGAUUGCUCUUCUCUAGAUCAAAAUGAAGAUGCAUUUGAAGCCCAGUUUCAAAAAAAUGCAGUAUCUUCUGGAGCUUGGGGAGAUCAUAAGAUCAUGUCUUUGUCAUCUGCUUUUUCUAUUUUUGAAGAUGGAAACAAAGAAAAUUAUGGCUUACCACAGCCUAAAAAUAAGCCCACAGGAGCCAGAACCUUUGGAGAACGCUCUGUCAGCAAAUUUCCGUCAACACCAAAUGAAGUGCCUCACACUGAUGAGUGUGUGGAUGAAUCAAUAGUAUGUGGUAUUCGAUACAAUAAAACCCUAGCUCCCUGUUCUAAAAGUACAGGAGAUUUUACAUCUGCUGCCCAGCUUUCGUCUACACCAUUCCACAAAUUUCCAGCAGAUUCAGUGCAGAUUCCAGAAGAUAAAGAAAACAUGGUAGCCACACAGUAUACUCAUGUGGCUUUGGAUUCUUGUAAAGAAAAUAUGGUGGACCUCUCAAAAGACAGAAAGCUUGGUCCAAUUCGAGACAAAUUUUCAGCGUCUUUACACUAUCCUAGCCAGCCUGCCACAGGUGGUAUACUCCAGGAAGCAGUGUUCGGCUUUGAGGCUUAUAAAUGCACAAGCACUGACCUUGUGACCAUGGAGGACAUACCAGAUGCCAGCGCUGGACUCCAAGUUGAAUGGAUGCAGACUAGUUCACUUGGGAAUGUCAAUGCUCCAAACUUUACUAUUGAGAACCCAUGGGAUGAUGAAUUGAUUGUUAAACUUCUCUCUGGGCUUCCUAAACCAGUGAGUUCCUAUUCAAAUACUUUUGAGUGGCAGUGUAAACUUCCAGCCAUCAAGCCCAAGACAGAAUUCCAACUGGGUUCUUUGCUGGUCUAUGUGAAUCACCUUCUUGGAGAAGGGGCUUUUGCCCAAGUCUAUGAAGCUAUUCAUGGUGAUGUGAAUGAUACCAAAAGUAAACAGAAAUGUAUAUUAAAGGUUCAGAGACCUGCCAAUUCUUGGGAAUUCUACAUUGGGACACAGCUGAUGGCGAGACUAAAGCCAGCAGUGCAUCACAUGAUCAUCAAGUUUUAUUCUGCUCAUUUAUUCCAGAAUGGGAGCAUAUUAGUAGGGGAGCUCUACAGCUAUGGGACGAUACUAAAUGCCAUUAACCUCUAUAAAAAUACCCCUGAAAAAGUGAUGCCCCAGGCUCUCGUCAUCAUUUUUGCUAUCAGAAUGCUUUACAUAAUUGAACAAGUCCACAGCUGUGAAAUCAUUCAUGGAGACAUUAAGCCAGAUAACUUCAUACUAGGCCACAGGUUUUUGGAACAGGAUGGUGAAGAUUUAGCUACUGGCUUGGCACUGAUUGACCUGGGUCAGAGUAUAGAUAUGAAACUUUUCCCUAAAGGAACUGCAUUUACAGGAAAAUGUGAAACAUCUGGUUUUCAGUGCCCUGAGAUGCUCAGUAACAAGCCAUGGAACUACCAGAUUGAUUACUAUGGAGUUACUGCAACAAUAUACUGUAUGCUCUUUGGGACUUACAUGAAAGUAAAAAAUGAAGGAGGAGUCUGGAAACCUGAAGGUCUUUUUAGAAGGCUUCCUCAUUUGGAUAUGUGGGAGGAAUUCUUUCACAUCAUGUUGAAUAUCCCGGAUUGUCAUCAUCUUCCAUCUUUGGAUUUGUUGAGACAAAAAAUGAAGACAGUAUUUGAACAACAGUAUUCCAACAAGAUUAAGACCCUUCGUAAUAGGCUAAUUGUGCUGCUCUCAGAAUAUAAGCGGAUGAGAAAAUAAAAUAUGGAUUUGGACCUUAUCCAAAAAAACACUUUGUAAAUUUAAACUCCCUCCCACUUUGAAUCCUAUUUUUUUCACACUUUUAUUUAUGUAUGUUAAAAAAUAAAGCCCAUAAGAUACACCCA